UUUUAAAAUCGUCACCAAACACAACAGUUUUUAAAAUGUUUAUCUUUAGCCAAAAAACUCUGCCAAACACAUACUUUGCACUUUCUGAAACAUGGCUGUAGAUGUAAAUACUUUGAUAAACUGAAAACCAUCUUUUUCCUUUCUUUCCUGCCAUUGUUUGUGCAGUUACUUUUAUUUAAGGAAAUUUCAGAGCCUUAUGGGUUUCGUGGCAUAUUGUUCUUGAUCGGAGAGAAAACGAACUCUUUUAACGAGGCCAUGGACUUUGAUUUGGAUCCUUUUGCUGAUACUAUUCCUGAGAAUGCCAGCUGUAAUGCCAGGGCUGGGGGCAAGUUCCAGCCAAAGUCCAAAGCACGGCCCAAGAAAGGAACACCAAGCACACUACCCACCAGUCUCCCUAGUGCCACAAAGGAAAAAUCUGUCAUUACAACCUCCAGUAAUGAUGCUCCAGCUGUGAAGUCCAUAGCACCGGCCACCAACCUUCAAGAUUCUGUUCAAUCUCUUUCUCCCGUGUAUUCAGGACAGAGUGGAUCAAUUGAUUCGAUUCAUGCCUCGUCUUUCUCUGUAAAUAACUCUAUCAUAAGGCAGUGUGUUAGGACGGUAAAAGAUCCUUCUUCUAAACUUAUAGGAGCUGAAGUGCUGGCCAACAAAACAGAGACUUCCCAUUCUGAAGUUCAACCGUCUGAUGGGGACAGAAGUUUUGAAACUGUGGGCUCUUUAUCACAAGUCACCAUAAGCAAAGAGGAUGCAGGGUCCACAAAUGCUCUCUUUUCAGAAGCUGCCAUCUCCAUCUCCAACAACAAUAUGAACAUUCAUUCUGGUUUUGGAAAGUUGGGAGGAGAGGCUGGCGACAUUUUUUUUGAGCUCGAAUCUCUUGACAAUAUUCUUUUUCAAGCCAACACUUCAACUGUUGGUACUGAAAAUAACUUCCAGUGUAACAUUGAAGUGAGUUCUCAGCCAGGAAACAAGCAAAUAAUAUCUCAUCCUAUUACUAGUAAUGCCGUGGACUCGAAUGUUCCUCUUAGGGACCAUAUCUUUCAGUCUUCCAACCAUCAGGACUCAGAGGAAGAACAUUGCAUUCAAGUUCAUUCUUCUGUGAACUCUUCAAUUUUCCUGCAAUGUAAUGCCAACACAACUGGUGUUUCUGCCAAAUCUGUUUUGCCCCAUGAACCAGUAAAUAGCAGUGAAGCUGCAGCUUGUGAUAGCAGCAGGCAUAUGCAGAUAGAUAAUCUAAGGUCUGCAAUAGAGGAAGCAGAGACAUUUCAUGGAUUGGAAACUCUUGAUGUUAUUUCUGAAGCCACCAUUGCUCCUGAUAAGAAUAGGGGCAAAUUGUGGUCCAAGAGCAAGGCCCAAAGUGAGAAUGAAAUGCCCAUCACUUCUCUCAGUAUGCCUGAUGCCAUUGAGUCCAUUUCUUGUCCUGGAGAUGCUCAGUUGACUCCUCAAAUCUACUUGGAUGAGAGUUCAGUUUCUACCUUUCAUCCUGAUGGUUCUCUUGAUUUCUCAACCAUGAGGUUUUCUGAGACUGCCCCUUCAGAUCAUCCCCCUGAACUUCUGGUGACUGAAGGGCCCAGAAACCUUGUUGAGGCAUCUCACUCAGAUGUUUUAACAUCUGAAAAAGUUAUGGAUUUACAAGGUUCUGGUGGAGCAUCAAGAAGAGGGACUAGGAAAAAGAAAAAGUCAACAGUAUUGGAAGGUACGGUGAAAGAGGUUGACUCUCAGUCUCAGAGGGGCCAGGAUCGAAGACCUGCAUCUACAGCUGUUGAUGAGAAUGAAGCUAGUAAGUCAUCAAAGAGACUUAGAAAGAGAAAAGCUGUUUGUGUUCCUGCUGAUGAGGGGGAGAAUGCGAUUGGUGAAGGUGAGAAUGUUAAUAAGGAGGCUUCUAAUUGUUCUGACAUGGAAAAAGAUGAAGAAGGAGAUGAUGACGAAUAUAGAGGGAAGGAUAUGUCCCGGAAAAGGAGGGCACCAAGAAAAUUAAAGAAGCAUGCACCUGAAAAUGAUGGACUGGUUCAAAAGCGUAAAAAGGCAUCUGAAGGACAGGAUCCAUCAGAGAAAAAGGUUAAAAAGAGAUUCUCUCAUUCAACUAAACGAAAGAGAAGACUAGUGGAUAAAGUUUUGCUUGAAACGCCCGAGGAUGAAAUCAACCCUCAAAAGCUGGUUUUUAGAGAUCUUAUCCUGCUUGCAGAGGCUAAGGAAAAGUUAUUGAAUAAAGAAGUAGCAGCAUCAAAAAAGUUCUUUCCCAAUAGAAGUGCUGAUAAUUCUGUUCCUUACGAUGCCUCAUAUAAUGAAGACUCCUUUGCGUCAAUGGAAGAUCUAAACUCACCCGAUGAACAAGCGACUCAGCAGGUUCAACGGAGUUCCUCUAAAUUGAAUUACCAUACCUUUAUGGAUAGAACACCUUCUGAAAGAUGGUCGAAACAGGACACAGAGCUGUUCUAUGAGGCUAUUAGGCAAUUCGGCACAGAUUUUGCAAUGAUACAACAAUUAUUUCCUGGUCGUACCCGUCAUCAAGUGAAAUUGAAAUAUAAGAAAGAAGAACGUCAACAUCCUUUGAGGCUUUCUGAUGCCUUGACUAAUCGUUCUAAAGAUCAUUCCCAUUUUGAAAUAGUGAUUCAACGAUUACAAGCUGCUGCUCAGGCAGAGAAGAAUUCUGAUGGAGACGUGGCUUCAGUUGCUAUGACAGAUGAGGAAGAGGUGACUCGUGAAGAAAAUGAAGAAGUAGCAAAAUCAGACCAGAAAGUAGAACAAGAAGAAAACAAUCUUGAACUCAAGGUUCCUGAAGUUUGUAAUACUGGGAUGUCUCUUGACAGUGAAGAUGAUGUCUGUAGGUGGAGUCAAUAUAAAGGUGCAGAUUAUUCUUACCCUGAAGAUGGGGAAAAAGGUGAAUAUGACUUGUAGAUUACUAACUAUUUUUUUUUAACUGAAUAUAACUUUCUGUCUCCACUGUUUUCUUAUUUAUUUACUCCAUAUUAACUGUUAGAUUAUUGACUAACAAACUCAAACUAGAAAAUUUAUAGGGAAUAUUCAUUGAUUAUAAUAUUUUUUUGGUGUACUGUGGUACUGAUCAAGUGUAAGAAUUCUAAUAUUAUGUCUAUUGAGGUUUCUUUC